AUGCCGGCUGCUCCUAAAAACGUAGCCUAUUCCAAUAGCCGGAACAAAGGCCGAUGCGCGCCGCUCUUCGUGGCGGGCCCAAUUGAUUGCUUAUCAGCCGCGCCGGCGAUGCAUCGGCCAGUCAGUGCCGCGACGGCAUCGGAAAGGGACACGCGCCGCGUCGUCGAAGCCCGCACUCGGUGCGGUGUACGUUUCGACGCCCGGCGGACGGAGGUACAGUCGUCCUGCUGCGAUUGGGGCGUCCGCGAAGUUUAUCUAGCAAGGGCCUGUGCGAUUGGGGGGCGACGCGCCAUGCGCGGUAGGGCGCCGCGGGGUCGGCUUGCCAUAGCGGGCACGGCCGCCCUUCUCGCCGCCGCCGCCCUAGGCGCCGCCCUAGCCUGGACCCAGAUCUUCGACGCGGCACUAAGUGCGCAAAUGACCAUGACGCCGACAUCCCGUUCCUUCCGCGAUUGGGUGGAGCCGACGGUGCCUCUAUACUUCGACGUGUACCUCUUCAACUGGACCAACCCAGAGAUGUUUCCCGCCGAAGUGCCCGACCUGGUGGAAGUGGGGCCCUAUCGCUUUCGAGAGUACCGGCGCCACGUGAACAUAUCCUGGCACCCUAACAACGGCUCCAUUUCAUACCGGACUCAGCGCAGUUGGGUGUUCGACGAGAACAGCAACGGAACCCUGGACGAUAGCAUCACCACGCUGAACAUCAUCGCUGCAUCGGCUGUGUACAGGUCGCGGGACUGGGGCUAUAUCCGACAGAAGGGACUGGCAAUGGGCUUGGCGAUGUUCGGCCAGCACAUGUCGAUAACCAGGCUGGCUGGCGAACUACUCUUCGAGGGUUACGAGGACCCGCUACUGAACCUGGCGAAGAGUCUACCGGCCAGCACCACCGGCGGGGCGCCGCCCGUUGACAGAUUCGGGCUGUUCUACGAGAGAAACAACUCUUUGGAUACGGAUGGCUACAUGGAGGUGUCAACGGGUGCCCUAGGAGGGUCGCUACCUGGUCAGAUCCUGAGGUGGAAUCAUCGGGAUCAUUUACCAUUCUACAGCGGGGAAUGUUCAAAGCUGUCCGGAAGCGCGGGCGAGUACAUGCCGCACAAUCUGACCGAGCAGUCGGGGCUCAUGCUGUUUGUGCCCGACCUAUGCAGGACGGUGCAACUGCAGUACACGGACAGCGGACAGCUGGGCGGCCUCCCCUACUACAAGUACGAGCUAGCCGAGUCCAGCUUCGACAACUCAUCGUCGUCGCCCGGCAACUCGUGUUUCUGUAACGGCGAGUGCGCCUGGGGCGGCGUGAUGAACGUAUCCUCCUGCCGUUUCGGCUCCCCUUCGUUCUUGUCGCUGCCUCACUUCCUGCACGGCGACCCGCGGCUUCGCGAGCUGGUCACAGGCAUGGAGCCGGACCCUGAACGGCACUCCUUCUACUUUGCAGUGGAGCCGAGGUUGGGAGUCCCAUUGGACGUGUCAGCGAGGUUCCAAUUUAACGUUUGGAUAGAACCAACGCCAAAUAUCGAAUUGUACGCUAACGUGCCAAAGAUGCUGUUCCCGAUAUUCUGGGUGGAGCAAAGAGUGCGCAUGGAGGACCAACUUCUGUCGGAGUUGCGCGUUGUUCGCGCAAUACUCGACUGGGGUGGCGCUGUAUGUGCAGGAAUGAGCCUCUUCCUAACCGUCCUCGCCGUAAAAGUUCUCUGCUGCACUAAGAAGGCCAAAUAUUCGAGACCCUGCGAGGUGAUGUGCGAGAAACCGAAAGACGAGGCAGAGAUAAAACUGAACCCGUUG